AUGUUGGGUCCGAACCCGAAUCGCAGUGAUGGACGCACAUUCAUCAUGAUGUUUCUCCCCCCGCAGACCCGUAAGCUGACCAAGGCCGAGCGACAGCGUUUCAGCGAGGAAGUGGAUAUGCUGAAAGGACUCCAGCAUCCAAACAUCGUGCGCUUCCACGACUCGUGGAAGUCGACGAUGAAAGGCCAAAAGUGCAUCAUUCUGGUGACUGAACUCAUGACCUCAGGCACCCUCAAGACGUACUUGAAGAGGUUUAAAGAGAUGAAGCUGAAGUUGCUGCAACGCUGGAGUCGCCAGAUCCUCAAAGGACUUCACUUCCUGCACACGCGCACGCCCCCCAUCAUCCACCGCGACCUCAAGUGUGACAACAUCUUCAUCACCGGCCCCACCGGUUCCGUCAAGAUCGGAGAUCUGGGGCUUGCCACUCUCAAAAGUGCCUCAUUUGCAAAAAGUGUCAUUGGAACACCGGAGUUCAUGGCCCCCGAGAUGUACGAGGAGAAGUAUGACGAAGCGGUGGACGUCUACGCCUUGGGAAUGUGCAUCCUGGAGAUGGCCACCUCUGAGUACCCAUAUUCUGAGUGCCAAAACGCCGCCCAGAUCUACCGCAAAGUCACCAGUGGCAUUAAACCUGACAGUUUCUACAAAGUCAAAGUCCCAGAACUCAAGGAGAUCAUUGAGGGUUGCAUUCGUAUGAUCAAAGAUGAAAGGUACACCAUCCAGGACCUUCUGGACCACCCGUUCUUCCAGGAAAACAACGGGGUGCACGUGGAGCUGGCCGAGGAGGACGACACGGUGAAGUCCGGCCUGAAGCUGUGGCUGCGCAUGGACGACACCAAGAAGCUCCACGGGAAAUACAAAGACAACAACGCCAUCGAGUUCCUCUUUGAGCUCUACAAGGACGUGCCUGAGGAGGUGGCCCAGGAGAUGGUCGUGCUCGGAUUCGUGUGCGAGGCGGACUUCAAGCUCGUGGCCAAAGCCAUACGGGACAGAGUGACGGCCAUAAAGAGGCAACGGGAGAAGCUGAGGCGGCAGGCGGAGGAGCGCCACAAGAAGCAGGCGCAGGAGGCCAUAGAAGAAGAGCCGGAGCCUCAGCCGCCGUUGUCCAAAGCCCCAGAGUCCCCCACCCCGGCCAUGACACCCCCGGCCACCAUCUCGUCCCCGGUCACCAGCUCGGCGGACUCCGGCGUGAGCUCCAACUACCCCGCCGAGCCGGAGGAGACGGAGGCCGACCAGCACUUCCACGGCCGGCGCAACAGUCUGUCCUCCGCCAACUGUGAGCUGCCCGGCAAAACUGAUCCGCUGGAGGCCGGCAGCCUCAACGCGCCUGGAACCCCUCCCACCAUGCACACCAACCCCCCAGCUGUAAACGGCCUCCCCAUCCCAGCCCUCCGUUUCCCUUCGAGUAUUGCAGUAUCCAGCAACACGGAACGUGGCAGUGCAGGGUCUCCGAGUGGCUUCAACUCUCCUGUGGACAGCUACGCCUCUGAUGUGACCUCAGGCUUGAGUGAUGGCUAUGAAGGCCUGUCCGAGAAGAAUGAGAAGACGGCUGCGAGGCGGACUGCCGGGAAGCUUUUUAGGAAGAGGACGCGUUCCAGGCUGCGCAUCACAGGGCUGUCUGAUAAAGUGGACCGCGUAGUUGAAUGUCAGCUGCAGACACACAACGACAAGAUGGUGACCUUCAAGUUUGAUUUGGAUGGAGAUAAUCCAGACGACAUCGCCGCUGUCAUGGUGCACAAUGAAUUCAUCCUGCCAUCGGAGAAGGAGGGUUUUAUCUACCGCAUGGGGGACAUCAUCAAACGGGCUGAGGCCCUGAUGGUCAAAGAACAGCUGGUCCGUACCGACUACAGUUUGGCUAACCCCAGCAUUGGGGUGCGUGGCUCUCCCCCAUGCCCCAAUGGAGAUGUCCUCUAUGCAGACAUUACUUCACCUGGGCGACCCUUAAUACGCUCGCAGUCUUUCCACAACGCCCCAGGUUCUCCCCUUCACUAUCAGCAACACCACAACCCGGCGUCUCUCCUGCCCCAUCACCAGCACUAUCACUUGCCCUACAUGAACCAAACUCACUUUCCAUUCCCGUACCCGGGUUCCCCGAGCUCUCCAAAGCCGGCGCAGAUCCACCCCCCCCUCACCCGUGUAGCCAGUAACCCCAAUUUCCCCUCGGUUCCCUCCCCGGCCCCCAGCUCUCCUUCCAGCGAGACCCCGAGCCCCAGCGUAGAAAACGUCGGCAUGUCCUCACCCGCCCCUCAGCACGCCAACAUGUGGCCCCCCCACUCCCAGCCCUUAUUUUCCUUAGCUAACGUCAUCUCCAUGGCCAUGAGCAUGGCCCAGUCCUUCAUCCCUCCUGGGAACCUCAGCUCCCAGGGGAUGCCCUCCUACCCGGGCUUCCACCCCCAGCUGCAGGGUCACAUGGCCUCCCAGUCGGGUUACCCCUCCGUGUACCCGCAGCAUUACCCAACGCCGUCCGUGGACGCCCAGUACGCUUCGGCGGGAAUCCCAACGCAGAGCCUCUACCACAGCCCAGAGCAUGCCCCUCAGAUGGAGGGAAUGGGCUUCCAGCAGAGCGCCCAUCCACAAUGGCCGCACCAUGUCUCUCCCCCUUCCAUGCCUUCAGCUCCCUCCACUCCCCCCCAGGCCACGCUGGACGCUUUCCAUCAGCCCGGGCCCCCCAGCUCGCCCGUUUUGACCCAGGAGGACAGUUACGAGACCCCGUGCCCGGCCCAAGUUCCAUCGCUGGCCAAAAUCAGAUCAGAAAUGUGCAAAUCAUGCUCCUCGUCGGAUUUUUCCCCAUCGCCCCCCAUCAGCCCCGACAGCACUAUAUCAUCAUUCAACAGUCAGUCACACCCAGUUGGAGUUGAGAUGAAUGCUUGCAGCUCAAAAAAGAAAUCUAUCGCCAAUACUGAAUCUCCUUCAUCGCCAAAGAUCGUGGGCCGUUUCCAGCCGGCGGACAGCGACGGCACGCAGAGCAGCACGGAGGAGCAGGGGGAGUCCGAGGCCAGCAUGGGCACCUCCCUCACCCUGUCCCCGCCUCACCCGCACGCCCACAAAGGGUCCGGCAGCGUCCAGCCGGCCGACGGUAAAGCGGCUUGGGCCGCCGGCCAAGAGCAGGACAGAGAUGAGGAAGAGGAGGAGGAGGAGGAGGAGGUGGUGGAGGAGCGGCAGAGGCUGAAGAAGAGGAGCCGGAGGAGGGCGUACAGCCUCAGCCUGCUGGGGACGUCGGCGGACAGCGGGCUGUCGCUGACCGCGGCGGAGGCGGAGGGCCGGCUGUGGGACGGGGCGGCGGGCAGCCCGCAGCACGGCAACGCCCUCCACCACCUGUGGAUGAUGACCUACAGCCGCAGCGCCGCCUACAUCAGCAGCGACGACUCGGACAGCGAGGACGAGGAGAUGCUGGAGGAGCUCCAGGAGCUCAGGGAGAGACACCUGGUGGAGGUCCAGGCUUUGCAGGCCGCCCAGAAGAGAGAGAUCGAGGAGCUCUACGAGAAGAUGGGGAAGGUCCCCCCGCCGGGGAUCGUCUCUCCCGCCGCCAUGCUGUCCAACCGCCAGCGCCGCCUGUCCAAGGGCAGCUGUUUCCCGGCCUCCCGCCGGAACAGCCUGCAGCGCCUGGACCUGAUGCCGCUCCAGGGCAUCAUCAGGAGAAACUCCCUGGGGGGCAGCAGCAGCGGCUCACAGGAGAAACACAAAGGUGUCACCUUCGCCACCGACAUCAGUAGAAUGUGA